AUGGGGGGGAACGCGUCGGUCCCACAAGUGCGAGCGAAAGAUGUCAAACGUGCAUCGGAUAUCAAGCAUGGCUGGCUGUGCAAGCGCGGUCUUACCAACACUCAACUUCAGCGACGUUGGUGUGCCAUACACGAUCUGAGGCUCUACUACUUUGAGAACCCUCGAAGUGAAGAGCCCAAGGGUGUUGUGAACUUGCGGGGAGCGAUUGUCUCCGAGAGCAAAACCAUCAAGCUUGCAAUAGAAAUACAAACAGGUGCCUUGAUUGCGGACAAAGGGGUUGAAAAGCGUACCUACGUCUUCACAACAGUUGGCUCAGACGAUAAGAAGAUGAAGGGCGGGGAGGGAAUGAGCAAAGACGAGCGGUUGAGACAGCAGCGCAAAUAUGAUAGGGAAAACCUUGAGAAGUGGCUGAAAUGGUUACAAGAAGAGACGGCCAAGACUUUCGCGCCGUCGUAG